AUGGCUAAGAAGGCACGUAUAGUGCAUGGAAACUCAGCAACAAUUGAUUUUGCCCCUGGUGUUGAUAAUAUUGUCCUAAGGAAAGAUGGUAUAGAAUUCUACAACACUGAGACUUUCCAUUCUUCACCUUUUUAUGACAGAACUAUACCAAUCUUGAUUAAGUCCAUCUUGGAAAGCAAUGACUUGUUGAAAAUAUAUGGCAUCAAUGGCUUGCGCUCUUUGAAUGAAAAAGUUAUAUUGAUCAACAACCAUCCAAUAAGGAAGAUCAAAUUAGUUGGCAGGAUUACAGAAUGUUUUAUUAAAGAAAUCAAGUCUGAGGAGUUUUAUUUUUUGACCCUUGAUGAUUCUUCAGGGCCUGAUAUUGUUCUUAAAGUUUCAAGAGCAAGUCUUUUAGGUGCAGGCUUACAAUCGUCCAAUUGUGUUUUCAAACUUAUUGAAAUCACAGGCUUUUGCUCAAAUUUCAAUGGAAAACUAGAAGUUCACCCAGAUUUUAUCCAAGCACUACCCAACAAUGACAGAUAUAUUGAACAUGAAGUACAGUUUUGGAAAGAAGCUUUGGAAAUGCGUGAUAUACUCAAGACUCCGUGGUUUCAAACACCCCAGAUCAACGAAGAUGAACAAGUUAAAAUAAAGUUUGAUAGUAAAACAAAUAGGGAAAAGCUAAUACGGCAGAGGUUAGAUCUAGGAAUAGAUGAAUGUCCUUCUCAGGCCAUGGUUAUGGAUUCAUGCAUCUAUAUGAGAAACACAAGAGAUCGUGAUGAUUACUCCAAUGCUUUAAACGACUCUGGAUCUGAGAAAGAGCCUGAAAUUGAAGAAAUUACAAAAAAGCUGUUCACCAAGUCUCUCAAAAAGAAGAUCGAUCAUGCAGCUCCAUCUUCGCCAAUAGCAAAGCCAAAACAUGGAUGGGUGAAUGUAAUAUCAACUCCCAUCAAAGCAGACUCGUUGAGAACAUCUCUUAAAUUUGAACUAAUCAAAUGGAUGAUCAAGACUUCUAGAGAGAAAUUCAACCUUAAUGAAGUUUUCAAAGAUAGAAAGGUUUCAGUAUUAUUGAAAGAAAUUGCCAAUGGUAAACCUACACCAACUAUUGAAGUUGAUCAAGAUUUAUCAAGCAUCCGAACAAUGAAUGAUAUCAAAGGUGAAAUAUUCCAUGAUGAGAGACAUGAUUUACAAGUUUGGAACUUGAUCAAAUGUACCAGAUCCAAAGAUUGUUAUUGUGCUCCUAUUUUAAGACUUUUCCGUCAUAUACAAAUGACAUUGGAAAACUUCAAGUUUUUAAGCUCCCAAGGUUCAGAUAAUACAUGUUUCAAUAGUGGUGAAUAUAUCAACAACUUUAAUAGAGAUACUGGUCUCAAAACUUUUAUGGACUUACAUUUGCUCAACAUCCUAAUACAGUGGUGCAUUUUGCGAAAUAGUGAUGAUAAUUGGAAAUACCAUUCAGAAACUAAUGAAUGGCAGUGUAUAUCUACUUUUAAAAAAAGAAGAUUGGUGGCUUCUUCGAAACGAUGA